ACACAGCGCUCACACGCGGGCGGGACUUCCGGUUGCGCGCACCCGGAAGAUUCGGAUGCAAGUUUCAGUGCUUGACUGUGCAUCCAUAUGCCCGCUACUUUAAACGUUUUAAUGUGAUUUAGGGGCUUUUUCUACUCAGUAGUAUUUGCAACAAUGUUAUCUUUAGACUUUCUGGACGAUGUUCGUCGCAUGAAUAAGCGGCAGCUGUAUUACCAGGUGCUAAACUUUGGUAUGAUUGUUUCCUCUGCGCUGAUGAUCUGGAAGGGACUGAUGGUGGUCACUGGCAGUGAGAGUCCAAUUGUUGUUGUUCUCAGUGGGAGUAUGGAGCCAGCUUUCCACAGAGGAGACCUGCUGUUUCUGACCAACCGGGUAGAGGAUCCCAUCCGAGUCGGAGAGAUUGUUGUCUUCAGGAUAGAAGGCAGAGAGAUCCCAAUAGUACACAGAGUACUAAAGAUCCAUGAAAAGGAAAAUGGAGACAUUAAGUUCUUGACCAAAGGGGACAACAAUGCAGUGGAUGACAGAGGACUGUACAAGCAGGGCCAACACUGGCUGGAGAAAAAAGAUGUGGUGGGACGAGCUAGGGGGUUCGUGCCAUACAUUGGAAUUGUCACCAUUCUCAUGAAUGACUACCCCAAGUUCAAAUACGCUGUUCUCUUCUUGCUGGGUCUCUUUGUGCUGGUCCAUCGGGAGUGAGUUACCCAAACUUCAGGACUCAAGAAGGUUAAACUACGUCCAGGAAACCUCAGUCAUGCCUUUCAAAACAGAAUUAAGUUAGACUUUGUCCAACCCAACUGGCUUUUUUGUACCAUUUGUUUGAACAUUUUGUAGAAAUGUGGAUAGGGUGUUUACAUUUGAAAAAUCCAAGCUUUAAAAAUAUUUUUGUGGGGGAACUAGGCUAGGUUUACUUUGAAACUCGAUCUUUAUUUGUAUUUCUCAGAAUGUGAAACACCAUUCAUCAAGAUAAAAUUGAAUCUGGUUUCUUUCCUGUUAAAUCAUUGUCUUUGAAAAAGAUAUGUGAAGUAUUUUAUGACAACUGAAUAUGAAUGAUAUUAAAUAUGAAAUCUGGUUACCAUCCACUAUGGAUUAUUUUAACUCUGUCUCAUUUUGUUUUGGCCCAUGCUUUACGUAAACAGCUACUUCAGAGGAUGUCGACCCUGCAGUGGUGGAAUUAAAAACAUUUUUCUUGGGUGAUGGAGCAAUCGUGAUCAGGAAAUGUCGAAGACAUAUCACAAGUUGACUGUUUAUUGUGUCUACAUCUGCUUUUACUACUACAUAAUCAAAUAAAUUCACAUAAAACAA